AUGAUUUCAGCCUACAAAUCUUGCGAUCCGGCUAGCACCACUGACGCAUCAUCUCAACGCAUCAUCUUCUCUAAGCAAGGAACAGCACCAUACAAAGUUGAGAUCAUGGACUCCUACCAUAGAUCUACGCAAGCAAUCGUUGCUCCUGCGCUUUCAUUCCUGUGCCUAACAUUGUGUAUUCCGCCGCUGAUAUGGCACGCAUCACAUCGCAACUGGGGCGCUUCCUUUCUCGUCGCCUAUGCUAUGUACGGUGACCUUAUUAACGCUCUGAAUGCCCUCAUCUGGCCUACUGACGAUAUCGACUCCUGGUGGGACGGCGUGGUAUUUUGUGAUAUUCAAGUCAAGCUUAGCAUUGCAAUUCAAGCCGGUAUGCCGGGUGCUUUGCUGUGUAUAUUCCGCAGUCUUGCUCUGGUCAUGGAUGUGAACAAUUCUGCUUUGAUUCCGAGUCGAGGCGAACGGCUGCGCAAUAAGGCUGUCGAUGUGGUUUUCUGCAUCGGGUUUCCGGUACUUUCUAUGGUAGCGCAUUUCUGUAUCCAAGGAACUCGGUACUAUAUCUUUGCUGUUGCUGGUUGCAAUCCCGGUACGGACGAGAGCUGGCCUAGCUACGUGUUCUUGAUGUGUGCCCCGAUCCUCUGCAUGGCUGCAGCUGGGUAUUGCAUCCUCAUCAUUGUCCGCCUGAUCAGAUACACAUCCGAAUUCUCCGCGAUACUGGGUGCAUCUCAAAGCAAUAUUACCAAACAACGCUUCAUCCGACUCUUCGGCCUUUCCUCGCUCAUGAUCAUAGUCAUCUUACCGUUACAAAUUUAUAUUUUCUACACCAACGCCAUAGGAUUAUUGCCUCUCCACCCUUACUCCUGGAGAGCAACACAUGGCCCGAGCCUUUCGCAAAUCAUAAAAGUUCCAACCAAUGGAGAAUUGAAAUUCGAUCGUUGGAUUUCGCCUGCUUUCAGUGUGCUGAUAUUUAUCUUUUUUGGAUUGGGACAAGAUGCGGCGAAAAUGUACAGCAACUUCUUCAAUCUUGUUGGCCUCAAAAGGUUCUCGGUAUCUUUCUUGAGCCGGAAGUCUACACCUGUCUCUUCUUCGUCAUCUGAUGAGAACAACAAGGGUGGUCAUUGGUCUAACUCGUUGCCGUCCAAGAGUUAUAGUUGGUUGGGGUUGAGACAAGCAAGCAAAGAAACAAAUGUCACAACUCUCGGGUCAUCGCAUGCAGAUACUCUCAUGUUAGGAGGCUUCGAUGGAUUGUAUAAAGGCACAAGCAUUGAGAUAGAACCACCUGCCCGAGAGUGUGUCCUUGAUAGUAGGAUACAUCCGAACAACGACUGUAAUGUUUAG